GAGGCCAUUGGGCUGCAGCCCGGAACGCGUCCCCAGCUCCAGCUCCUCAUCCGGCCUGCGCGCUGCCCCACAGGCAAAGCACAACUUUCUCCCCGGCGCGUCUGCCGCCCAGCCGCCCAGCCUCCACACGACACCGAGCCAGCCGUCCAGCCAGAGAGGGCGUUUGAAAGGAUGAGCCCACAGGAAUACCCACAGCCUGUCAUUAUUAUGGCGGAUCAGCAAAGUGUCAUUAUGUUUGCAGCGUGAUGUGCGGAGACGCCGAGGGGCUUUUUAAGUGAGACGUUGCUAUGUGGCACCGCAGGGAAGCUCCAGAAGACUGCCCCCCUUCUCGCAGUGGACCGGCCUGUACCUGGGCUCUUCUGAACAUCUCCACCCAUCUUUAAACGCAUUUUGGCCGCUCUGCUGGACAGUAACCCGCCCAGGCUUUGCUGUAGCUUAUAUAAAAAUGGGCACUCAGGUCACCGGGAGGAAGAGGAUCCCCAACAGGGAGAGACUGACGGCGGAGGACGAUGCUCUGAGUCAGAUAGCCCGAGAGGCGGAGGCAAGAUUGGCAGCUAAACGGGCGGCUCGGGCAGAAGCUCGGGAGAUCCGCAUGAAGGAGCUGGAGAGGCAGCAGAAAGAGAUAUAUCAGGCUCAGAAGAAAUAUUAUGGGCUGGACAGCAAAUGGGGCCAUAUUGAGCAGUGGAUGGAGGACAGUGAGCGGUACUCUCGCCACUCGCGGAGACACGCCUCGAUUUCAGAUGAUGAGGAGCGGAUGUCUGUUGGGAGUCGGGGCAGUUUGAGGGGAAACUACUCGGACCUGUGUAGCAGCACCGGCAGCCUGCCUUCAUCCAGACUUCAAAAUGGCCGGCCCUCUGCUCUCUUUAGCGAUGCGCCUCGCUCGAGAAGUCACAGGGGCUCGUUGUAUGAGGAGAAUGUGUCCAGUGCUAGGCGGUUCAGUGGCUCCAGCACCCGUGGCCCCUCGGACUACAGUGGUUUUCUGGGGUCCAGUUCCAGAGCCUCAUCUAGGGCCAGCUCAGCCCGUGCCAGCCCUGUGGUGGAAGAGCGGUCAGACUUCCUGGAAAAGGGGUCCAGAACAGCUUCCACUCUCUCUGCUGCCACUCUGGCCUCCCUGGGUGGGGGCUUAUCUCGGAGAGGCAGCUGUGACACCUCAAUCUCAGCUGACACAGAAGCUUCCAUACGUGAGAUAAAGGAUUCUCUGGCAGAGGUGGAGGAGAAGUAUCGCAAGGCCAUGGUGUCCAACGCUCAGCUGGACAAUGAGAAGUCCAACCUGAUGUACCAGGUAGACACACUGCGCGACACACUGAUGGAGCUGGAGGAGCUGCUGUAUGAGACACGCAGAGAGUGUGAUGAGAGAACCAAGGAGUGUGAACGAGAGCGACAUGCUCACAGCAUCCUACAGUUUCAGUUCAGUGAGAUGAAGGAGACGUUAAAACAGAGCGAGGAGUUACUAACGGGCGCACAACAGUUGCGUACGAAGCAGGAGAGCUAUGUUAACGAGAUUUCAGACCUGCAGGAAACACUGGAAUGGAAGGAGAAAAAAAUCGGGGCCUUAGAGAGGCAGAAGGAAUAUUCAGAUAUUAUCCGAGAUGAGCGGGAUGCACUGAGGGAUGAGAUUUUCCGGCUCAAGGAAGCUCUAAAGAAACAUGGCAUAGUUCUUGGAUCUGAGGUGACAACAAAUGGGGAAAUGGGAGGAAACACAAUAGACACACAAGAUGAUGAGGAAUCAGCCUCUAGACUGUCUCAAGACCCCCACGCUCCUAAUACGAGUGGUGACAACAUUUUGGAGGUCCGCUUGAGGAAGCUGGUUGAGGAGAGGGAGGGUUUGCUUGAACAGGUCAGGAAGCUGAAAGCUGUUGUGGAGCAAAAGCAGAAGAAUGGCACAGAGGAGGCGGUCAGCCCAGAUGAAGAUGACCUCCAGAAUGGCCUGGACCCUCAUAUCCUGGAUUUACAGAGAGAUGCUAACAGGCAAAUCAGCGACUUGAAAUUUAAGCUGGUGAAGUCUGAGCAGGAGGUCGCAGCUCUUGAGCAAAACAUCAUUCGGUUGGAGGGUCAGGUGACCCGCUAUAAAAAUGCCUCUGAAGCGGCAGAGAAAGUGGAGGAUGAGUUGAAAGUGGAGAAGCGCAAACUGCAGAGAGAGCUGAGGUCUGCUUUAGACCGCAUCGAUGAACUGGAGGCCAGCAACAGCCACCUGUCCAAGAGACUGGAGAAGAUGAAGGCCAAUCGGAGUGCACUGCUGGCCCAGCAGUGAGGCCUGCCUGAGCCAGUUGCCCUGCCCAGAAACUGCUUUCAUCAUCUAUUGGCAUCAGCCCUGUAGCACCCACACCUCAUUUCAUGAUCUACAGUUACAAAUUGAACAGGGCCAGUAAUCAGCGAUGUUAAUCACCCAAACUACGUGCCAUUCUACAACACUUCAAAAGAAAACUCACAUCUUUAACCUCGAGUAGCAGUGCCCUAGUGGCAUUAAGGCUCACUGCAUAAUUUGAGUCUAGGACAGGACCUGAAUAAAGGCGUUUGACAUUCCAUAUGAACAGGAUGAAGGUGCCAUUUCUGGAGGAGUCUUGAUGAGCAUUGAACAUUUCUUGACUUUGCUGGAUUCAGCCCAUGGACUACACUGUUCCCCUGUGUUCUUAGAGCAAUCUGAGUAUAAAGCACAUCGAUAGGAGUUCACAGGAGCAUAUCAGCAUUGUGGGCGUUGAAUUUGGCUCCACCUAGUGGCUAACGCACUUUAUCAGUCAGCUCUUUCUGCAGCAUGGAGAUUCCAGUCUGGAGCUUGGAAGCAUAGCUACAGACAUAGCAGAUGAAGGGACUGGGCUGUUCCAGCAUACACGGGUGUGUUGUCCACGGACACCACGUGCUGUUGGAUUCACAGACACUGUGCUUCCUCUCGGCAGGGAGCUGACCAAUCAACAUAUCUUGUAGCUACUCCUCUCUGGAGGCAAAAGGAUAUAGAGCAUAUGACUCUGGAGUGCACUCAGUUGACCUGUCCAGGCUUCGAUCACGAAUGCGUUCUUUCAUAGCAAAUGUUGCCGGGUUGGACAAGCUUUACAGAAUGUCUGCACCAAUCAGAUUCACCCUAAUGAAAAGUUGUAGCGCUCUUUUGUUGAAGGAGCUACAUAACAUUGAGGUUUAACCCGAGCCAGUUUAUGAGGAGCCUGGCCACUUCCUAUUCCCCCCGUUAUGUAAAAAACAGGACCGCUGAACAGCAGAGGGCGCCCGAGAGCGAGUCCUCAAUGAAUGGGAGUGAAUGGAGUUCAAUGGCUAAAACACGAAAAGUUUAAGUAUUUUCUAAUCACUUGCCCAGGACUUUCCUUUAAUUUUAGAAAGUAGAAGGAUGUAUUUCACUAAAAAAACAAAGAAAUCUUACUUAUAUAUUUUUACAUUUUCUACAGCAAACGGGUUUUGGCCAGCAGGAGGCGGGCUUUAAUGCUAGAGCGUGAAGUUUGAUGGGCGAGUGGAGCAGCUCGUUGGCUGUUUGGGCUCACUGACCUCAUGGACUUACAUGAGGCGCCGUUUUAAACUCCUGUAACUCGAGAUUAAAAGCUCUUAAAAAUAUAACAGUGGUAUUAAAAUGUUUGGAUAUUCAGUGUGUCAGGAAAUCAUUGCUUUCUUUUACAUUAAAAAUGUUUAAGCAUUUAUAAACUAUGAUUUUGCUCAAAUGCUCCAUAUCAAUCCCUUCAUUUUGGACUCGCUCGGGAGCGCCCCCUAGCGACUGAGAAACCCGGAAGACAUUGCAGAGCAGUAAUUCUCCUCGCUACAAGUUCUCUGGAUUAACUCUAAAAUACUGCACUACUUCUGAUCAACCCAAGCAGUGUCACCUUUGACAGGCAUUCAAAAAUGAGUAGAAUUUGUAUGUUGCUAUAAAUUCUCAGUAGGUUGAAUGGAACACAAGUGUGCACAAGUGUGUUAUUACAUUUAGUUUGCAUUACAAAGUGGUUCACACUACUUACAAGGCAUUGACUAAUGUGCAAAAAGUGCACAAAUGAUCUUGCUAAUAAGUCCAGUUGGGACCUAUAUUACGUUAACUAUAAUAAUUUUGGCUCUGCAUUAAAUAAGUAGAUCCAUUAAAGUACUUCUGAAAUGUCAACAUAUCUUUCACAUCAUUCCUUUAUGCCAGAAAAGAAAGACUUCUGGUGAUAAUGCGUCAGACAGGCAAGUACUAGAUGGGAUUCAUUAUAAAACUUAGAAUAUGUGUCAUACAUCCAUUCCAGUUAAGCAGAGCCAGAAAUAGGGCCUCAUGCAUUUGACCAAACUGUUGCAUACUUGUGUGAAUAUCUGUAAAAUACACAGAUUUUAGGCCACUUAUUGAAGGGGCCAUAUGUUUUGUUUAGUUUUUUAUGUAUAUAUGUGUCUGCAGAUGGGGGUUUGUCCAUGUCAGAAGAUGUCAUUGAUGUCAUAGGGAUAAAAAGACAGCACUUGUUCAUCUAGUUUGCCUGGUCAUGGUGCGAGAACAUGGACAUUCAGUGGACAGAACAGGCACUUGGGAUAUCACCAGCUUAAAACAUCAGCGGCUUUGGGCUUUUGAGGUUUUGUUAAGAAAAAACAAAAUGAUUUUGCAAUAAUGCUUCAUUUGUUUGAAUGUAAUUGGCUGCUGCUUUGGACUUUGGGCCACGAGAAAGCAGCCUCUUUGGGCCUUGGGAUGAGCACUAGUGCCUGACUGAUAUGAAAUGUUUGUGACCAACAAUAAUCCAUAAUGACUGAUUUAAGGCACCUAAAAUAACCAAAAUCGAUAACAUCAGCCAGCAUAACUUACUGUGGUCGAAAAUGAAACAGGCUCCAAUACAGUGCUGUGAAAAAGUCUUAAUACUGUGCGUUUCUCACAGUGAAUCCUUUUUAGAUUUUUAAUAACCAAAAAAGAUCGUCAUCAAACACAAAACACAUUUUUUUAUUGUUAUUUAAUUCACUCAAAGAGCAUUUUCACCCCUGGUAGUUGCUCAAGCAACAAAUUAACCACAUUUAACUUUAACGGAGGCCAUUUAUUCAGAAAGUCACUAAAAGUAUAAGACUGUAGGCCUGCUUAAAAUAAAUACCAUUAAAAAGGACAAAACAGCCAAUCAGAGGCCCUAAAAUAAUCAGGGGCCUCUAGGCUUCCUACAGAGACCAUCAUCAUAUUCGAGCAGGACAAUGUGUGCUUUCCUGAUCUAUUAGCUGACGCUAAGGUCUCUCACAGCAGAACCUCAGAGGCACAGAGUUUCUGUGAACAAUAAAGCAUUACAUCAACACAUUUGGAGGCAAAGUAGCAGAUUAGUGGCGGACAGGUGUCUGAUACAGCUGAUGAAUGCGUUGAGAAGAAUGGUAAAGCAAACUUCUCAGAUCUUAAAAGUAGAAAGAAUGUAUUACACAUUUAGGCCAACUGGCACAAAUUUGACAUGAUCAAAGUAUAUGUCACAAAACAGCUUUACAGAAAAAUCCAGGCCCCCAUGAGUGUCACCAAUGGCAGUGGCAAGGAAACACUCCCUAAGAGCAAGAGGAAGAAAACUUGAAAGGAACCAAGACUCAAAAGGGUCACCGGAUAGUAAUCGAGAAGAUAAGAGCAAAAUGAACAAAGAAUAAGUUCCAAAAGAAAUCGCAGUGUUUGCAAACUGCGGGUCUGUCUAGCCUCAGCUAAGGUCAGUGUUCACAAGUCCGCAGUAUGAAGACGACUGAGGCUUUCGUGAAAGAGCAGCAGAAAACAUUUUGGGAUAAUGUUCUAUGGACAGACCAGCUCAAAGUAACGUCAAACCAACAUUGAAACAUGGUGGUGGUAGUGUCGGGGACGGUUUUGUGUCUGUUCAUCUUUACUUGAGUGGGAGCUGAAAUGUACUCGGGUUCUGCAGCAAGACAAACGAUCCAUGGCUUGAACCCAACAGAGAUGCUGUAGCAGGACUUCAAACAAGCACUUCAUACUCAAACAUCUACCAGGAUAUCCGAAUUAAGGCAGUUCUGCAAAGACGAGUGGGCUCAAAUCCCGCCACGACAGUGUACAAGGCUGAUCAAAUUAUAGGAAACAAUAAUUGCAGUUAGUACUGCUAAAGGUCAGGAAGUACGUUUUAAGGGGGCUUAUUUACAUGAAACAGCAUUUCUGCGCAUUUCUGAAUCUGUUACACGUUAGUGGUUUACAUGUUGGAUAACUGUAAAAAAAUAAUAUCAUUUAAUAUCUUUCGUCGUUUGAUCAGAUUCUCUUAGUCUAAUAUUGCAUCUUGUUUAAAGGUCAAAGCAUUCGUCAUGACAGAUGCAAUAACAGAGGGAAUCAGAAAGGGCGCAAAUACUUUUUCACAGCCAUGUAGUCAGAUGAUGUAAAUGGUUUCCUCCACAUCGGAGGUGUUUGUAUGUACCAAUAUAUAAUGGGUCACUAAUUAUUGGUACGUUAUCAGACAAGUUUUGAAUCGUACCAAUAAUUUCAUAGGGCAUCAAUAUCGGCCAAUGUUAUUGGCCGGCUGAUAUAUCAGUCGGGCUCUAAUCAGCUCCAGAGGUUCUUUUCAGAUUGUGUUAUGUGACUCGCAUCUCCCUUCUCCAGCAAACUGUGGGCCCAGGAGAUGCUGCACCACCUUACAGUCAUCCCCUCCAUAGGAGAACUAGACAUAUGCUUAACUUGCAAUGCUGGGCGUUUCAAUGGACAGACCUUCAGUGGUCAUUACUAUAUGUACACAAAGGCUGGUCAGUGUGAUACAACAUAAUUAAACACGUUCAUGCAAUAAU